UGCGCCCACGUGACCUCCCUGUUUUCACCUAGUUUAAACGCAUGUACUUAAAAGACGGGGCACCACCAUUCACCAACACAAUAAUAUUGAUGUCCACGAGGUGAGGUCGCCGUCACGGGACGGGGGGGGGACUCGGACCGUCGGGACCGUCGGGAGUGGGACCAUGGCGGCUGCCACGAGCAGCAGCACAUCCACGGCCACGCUGCAGAUCCAGCAGACGCGGAAACGCAUAGACCCGAGGAGGAGGCAAGCGGCACUGUCCUUCCUCAGCAACAUCUCUCUGGACGGACGACCCGUGCAGGACGAUGAGGAUACGGAGCAGGAGGAAAGGACUAGUACUAGACGGAGCCUGCUGGUGUCUCCGGAGCGCUCCGGAGUGGUCGCCGCCGCUGCAGCGGCACCGCAUGCGGCGGCGGCCGCCGCAUGCGGUGCCGCUGCAGCGGCGGCGACCGCCGCGUCCGCGGCAGGGGCGACCACCGCCGCCCAGGCGCUCGCCCUGGCCACCCAGACCCUCCGGGCCAGCUCGGACCCCGAGGGCGACGCUUUCCUGCCCUCGGCGGUCAGCUCGCCUUUCUCCGCGGUGCCAGCCUCGACCAGGGGGAGGCUGCAGACGUACACUCAGGGAAUCCUUCCUGCGCCCUACAGACACUUCCCCCCCAACUACUGCCUGGAGGCCGGGCAGGCGGAGCAGCAGAGGUCAAGACGGAGACUCAUCUCUCAGCGCUCUUCGCUUGAAACCCUAGAAGACAUUGAAGAAAACGCUCCUCUACGCAGAUGCCGAACCCUAUCGGGUUCCCCCCGACCAAAGAGCUUCAAGAAGGUCCACUUCAUAAAGAACAUGAGGCAACACGAUAUGCGCAAUGGCAGGAUAGUCCUUGUCAGUGGCAGAAGAUCCUUCUAUAGUGUAUUUUCUGUCCUGCCAUAUCGAGAUUGUAGCCAAGCGGGAGAUGCAAAGGUGGAGGGACGCCAGCGCCACCCAUCCGGAGGUGUGAGUGCCAAGGAGAUGGUGAUUGGGCUGGAGGGCGUGGAGUUGGGAGCAGAUGGGAAGACUGUGUCCUACACCCAGUUCCUGUACCCCACUAACGUGUUGGGCGGUCGAAGAAAUACAAUCGACUCCACGUCGUCGUUCUCUCAGUCUCGCAACGCGAGCCACCGCAGCCUGAGUCUGGGCAGAGCCAACAGCAACCAGAGCAGCUUGGACACAGGGAACGACUUGGGAGAUUUUCGAGAGUAUGACCCCAAUCUGCUGGACGACCCACAAUGGCCUUGUGGGAAACACAAGAGAGUCCUCAUAUUCCCGUCUUACAUGACUACGGUCAUCGAAUACGUCAAACCCUUUGACCUCAAGAAGGACAUGAACGAAACCUUCAAGGAGAAGUUCCCCCACAUCAGGCUCACUCUCAGCAAGAUACGGAGCUUGAAAAGGGAGAUAAAAAAGCUGGCCCAGGAUGAAUGUGGGUUUGAGGAGCCGACGGUGGCCAUGGCUUUCGUCUACUUUGAAAAACUGGUUCUUCAAGGCAAACUAAACAAGCAGAACCGUAAACUCUGCGCUGGAGCUUGUGUCCUUCUGGCGGCCAAGAUCGGCGGCGAUCUCAAAAAGCAUGAAGUCAAACUUCUUAUAGACAAACUGGAGGAGAGGUUCAGAGUGAACCGCAGAGAGCUGAUCGCCUUCGAGUUCCCCGUCUUGGUCGCCCUGGAGUUCAACCUGCACCUGCCGGAGAAUGAGAUCAUGCCCCACUACAGACGCCUGCUGCAGACCUCUUAGCAUUAAGCCAUCAGGAGGACGGCCGCUGGGCUCCUCCUGAUCCUCCAUCACUCUCUCCCACCACCACAGACAAGCUCCUCCCUCCUCUUUCACAACUGGAAUCAGCCAAAGGGACAUACUUUUUUUUUGUUUUAAACAAACGUUAUAUGACUUUGAAAGUCAUCAACAACACACAGACUUCUAAAAAAACUAAAACAGACGGGGGUUCAAGCGUCUAGAAAAUAAUUAGUUUUCUAGUUUGCAUGUCUCAUGUCCUUAUCUUCAUGACUUUGUGUAUUUUCUCUUGUUGAUUAAGAGAGCUUUUUUCAUUUGAAUCUGGUGACCCGCCCCCCCCAUUCUUACAUCUUUUUAUGAAUAUAAACCUCUCGUAAACUUUGGUAUGAUUGGAUACCUCUUGAGCUGCGUAACAUUUAAACGAGCCUUUUUAGGCGUCUGGUUUUGGCUGGACUGUUAUUCCUCAGAAUGACUCAUCUUUUUCUCAAGUCAUCGUCUUAAAAGUGCACUUUUCUUUUUUGCAUAUUGCAAGACACAGGGGGAUGGAACAUUUUGGGAAGUAAGUCUGGAUUUAAAAAAAACCAACAAUAAUAAUAAGCUGUGUUCAUAAACACCACACAAGUCAUUUGAAUGGACCAUUGGUUUGUUUUUCCUCUACAUUUUUCUAAUCACAUCAAAUAUCUGCAUGGAGAGUUAUGAAUGUUUGUACACAGGUACCUGCAGAAAAGACUUGACCUCCUGUUUUUCACUCAAGUAUUCCACUCUUUUUCUACCAGUCAAAUUUUCACUACGGACUCCCCCGAGACUGCUUUUAUCACUGUUGAAUUUCCAGUGCUCUAUGUUAGAGUGUAUUACUAGCACAUUUAUGGUGCUCUAGUGGGGGAGCUGUUCAUGAGUGCAAAGAUGCCAUUAACCAGCGGUCAGGGCGUGCAGGUGGGGACUCCGGUGGCCAGAGUGGAGCACCUUUGGCCCCAGGGACGAGGGUUAGGACCUUGUGCCUGUACAUCUUUUCAUCUGCUGAAGUGUCCUUGAGCAAGACACUGAGCCCAGAGGGACGCUUGUGCUGACACUGACUGGUAUCAGUGAUGGAUCAGUCGUUUGCUUAUUACUUGAAUCUGCAAUAUCUUUAAAGAAAAAAACAAAAAAAAAACAUUGGAAAUCAAAGACUUUAUCAAUGUAAAAUUUGGUAUUUUCUACUUUUUCUAGCGUUUAAAUUGUGUCACACUACCAGAAUCAACAUACAGCUGGUCCACUGUUUGAUGCUGCUCCGACUAUUAAUGGUAUUUCAGUUGAAAUGAUCACAAGACUAAUCAUCACCAGAAAAGCAUGAUUGUAUUGAUUUUAAGAUUUAAAAAAAAUAAUAAAAAUACUGAGCUUCUUUCUGUUUGCAAGCCCAAAGAUUUUGCUGUAAAAUGCACUCGUGUGUUCGAUGAGGAAAGACUCAUGGGUAACACUUACCUGUGGAUAAUUGUAAAUAAACUGCUUUGCU